GUUGUUGUUUCUUUUCCAAAAGUUGGAUCUGGCUCAACUUCUUUUUUUGGCAGACAAAACACUCUACCCCGACUUAAAUGAAUGAAAAAACCUGCAUGAAUGUGCUACUUAUUCUUCUGUCUCGAUAUCUGUGUCAUGAAUUUGUUGCUCUAUGAAGCAAAUGUAUGACGAAAGAUGCUUUAUAUAUAGGUGUUUACAGGACGUACGUGAAUGAAAAGUAGCUGCAGUGGCCGCUAUCCGUUUAGUAGUGUUUUUUUGUUGUUGUUGAUUCCCCCAAUAUUUUUGGUCUUUUUGCCAUCUGAACUAGAUUUUAUUUUGAAGUCGCUAUCAACCAACAUCCGGUGUUGUCGUCGUGUAACUUGACACCCACCGUCCUCAUCGAUGAUCCGUGUCUCCGGAUCAAUUGAGCAGCCUGGCCCGGGCCAACACGAAGCCAGCCAGGACUCGGUCUGCCUUCCUUUCGCUGUCAGACACCGUGAAAACGACCCACCACCGCCACCACAGACAGUUCGUUUACGGUUUACCGGAGCUCUCGAGCGUUCCCUCCGUUAACCGCAACGUAGCAGCGCGCGCGCGCGUGUCUGUGUGCGCGUGUGUACUUAACCAACGGCCGUUGGUUCGAUGUGGCGUUCGCGGUCCGACAGACAAACGGCCGCCAGAGCACUGCAGCAGCCUUUGCGUCAAAGCCAGCUAACGCUAAACCGUGUUAGGACAGGUCAGCGUUAAACGGAGACAGAGAGAGAGAGCCGGUACCGGCCACGUUACCGCGGUGGCUAGACAGCCAGGCUAUUUUUGGCGUCGUGCGUGCGUGUUAAAAACUGUCACGGUUGGCGGUUAUUUAAAAAAAAAACGUUUUUUUGAAUAAACGACCGUUUGGAAUCUGAAGCUUACUUCAAAUAACGUUCUAAAAAUAGGAAAUUUCUGUUAUUCGGGGUUUUGAAUUAAACAACCCGGAGGAGGAGGAGGAGGGGGGCCUCAUAAAGCUAAUAUAACAUAUGAGGCCCGGCUGAAAAGAAAGAAAGAAAGAAAAGAAAGAAGAUGGACCUGAAUUUUUAUUCGGAUUUAACGGACGGUACCGGGCAGCACGACGGUGAUCCAGAGUUCCUGGAUCCGCAGUCGUUCAAUGGAUUUGACUCUGACAACAAGUUCCCCGGAGGCAGCGACAACUACCUGACCAUUUCUGGCUCCAGCCAUCCGUUCCUCUCCUCCUCAGAGUGUGCCACUAAACCCAUUGACCUCUUCAACCUCGCUGGAUCUGCUGGUGGAACCUUCCACACUCCCAGCCUCGGCGAUGAGGAGUUCGAAAUACCUCCCAUCUCUUUGGAUCCGGACUCGGCCCUCACUGUGUCCGGCGUUGUGUCUCAUUUCGGGGAGCUGUCGGACACCGGCCCAUCCGACAGCGUGGUGGUACCCGGGAAUGCCGUGGUCGAAGGGGACGACCCCUCGUUCGCCUCCACUUUUGUUAACGCUCCCUCGCAGGGCCUGGAGCACCUGAGUCUGGGAGUCAUCAACCAGUCAGGAGGAAGCGCUUUGUUGGGAUCGUCAUUGGGAAUGGAUCUCGGUCACCCCAUCGGCUCUCAGUUCAGCAGCUCGUCCCCGGUGACCAUCGAUGUCCCGCUCGGUGACAUGAGCCAGGGUCUGCUGGGCUCCAACCAGCUGACCACAAUUGACCAGUCGGAGCUCAGCGCUCAACUUGGGCUCGGCUUAGGAGGCGGAAGCAUACUGCAACGCCCCCAGUCGCCCGAACACCCUCUGUCAGCCACGGCGUCGCCCACCAGCUCGCUCCAGGAUGACGACAUGGAAGACUUUAGAAGGAGCGUCCUUGUCGAGUCCCCGGUCUCUCUCGCCGUCUCUCCCGGCGUUAUCUCACUCGAUUCCUGCCUGUGCGAGUCCCCGCUCUCCACCCCGGCCUCCAGCGUAUCCCUGGCCGUCGGACAGAAAGUAGGAGCAGGAGUAGUGAAGCCGGUGCAGAAGCCGAAGCCUACGAAAGGCCCCAACGAACCUCAGAAACCUUUGUCGGCCUACGCGUUGUUCUUCAGGGACACGCAGGCGGCCAUCAAAGGACAAAAUCCCAACGCCACGUUUGGAGAGGUUUCCAAGAUAGUGGCCUCCAUGUGGGACAGCCUGGGGGAAGAGCAGAAACAGGUUUACAAGAGGAAAAAUGAAGCAGCGAAGAAGGAUUAUUUAAAGGCGCUGGCAGAGUACAGAGCCGGCCAGAUUUCUCAGGCCCCUAUCGAAGUCAUGGACACCGCGCCAUCGCCCCCACCUCCGGCCCCGGCUCCCGUCGUCACAGCCGCACCUGCCACCCCCCUAACCGCUCGCUCCACCAGGUCCCAGCAUUACAACCCUGAGGAGAACACCAUCACCAACAUCUGUACCUCCAACAUCAUCCUGGACCUGCCCCAGGUCACCACACGCUCCAAAACCGGCGCCAUCAAACCCCAACUCAACCCCUCGCCCGCGACCGCCCCUCCGAACCUGCCCACCGUCACCAAGAUAAUCAUCAAGCAGACGCCGCUGCCCUCCGGCGGCAUGUCCGUCACGGCGACGGCCGCCUCCUCGCCGCGCCAGCCUCCGCCGCUGCAGCAGAUGCAGAGCACCCCGCCUCCGCCUCGGCUUCAGCAGAUGGUGCACGCCCAGGCUCCUCCGCCCCUGCAGGCCAAACCACGAGGCGCCGCCACCGCCCCGCCUCCACUGCAGAUUAAGAUCGUCCCCUCUGCACGGCAGUCGAAUUCGAGCGCGCCGAUCAUUGUGACGUCAGGCGGCGAGACGCCCACGUCGCCCAUUGCAGGUCUGACAGUGGAGGUGGGACAGUCGGCAGGAGAGGAAGUGGCGGAGGCAGAAGAAGGGAUGGAGGUGGAGGUGAACGUCGCGCCUCUUCCGAGCGUGACUCCAACAUCCCGUAACAUUUGCGUACGUGCCGGCUGCACCAACCUGGCUGUGGAGAGCAAAGACUGGGACAAGGAGUACUGUAGCAACGAGUGCGUCGCCACACACUGCAGAGACGUGUUCAUGGCGUGGUGUGCUAUCCGAGGGCAGAACUCCACCACGGUCACAUAGGAAGAGGAGGACACAUCGAAUGAAUGAACGAAUGGAUGGAUGAAUGAUAGACUCGGGUAUAAUGAGACAUAACGGUUUAGACAGACGCGGAGACGUAUUUGAAAGUCACUACAAUGUACUUCUCUGUGAUUGACGGCACAAAUGGAACUCGAGAAUGACGGACGGAAUAAUGAUACAGAAGAAGAAACUAAAGACUUUCACGUUGAUCAUCUGUUGUGAGUUUGAGUUAAGGACUUGAUAAAAAAAAACAGAACAUUUUAUAUGAAUUUAUGGUGAUUUUAAUUGUUUUUGAAAAGAAACAAAGUGCAGGAAUGAAAUCAUGAUCUUGCAGACGAGUUCAGUUCAUUUCACUUUAUGUGUGUGUGCUCUUCCCUUUACCGUUACGUCGAGGAUCGAGUCACGUAAACGAAAAGUGACGCGGACACGCGAGCGACAACCGGGCAAAGCACAAACGGGUAGUUUAAAGACGUACGAAGAAGAAGAAGAAGAAGAAGCCAUUUCGAGACGAGGUGGCCACCAGCCAAAUGCCGUUUGUCAGCUUUACAAGCCACUAUUGGAGGAAGAGCGGGGAGAAAAAAAACUACCAUAAAGUUUCACAGGUGCUAAAAUUCAGGAAAGAAAUCGCUCAAACUUUUUUGUGUUCUCCUCUCCUGCUGAAAUAACCCCACGACGUACGAGCUCGUUUUUUUUUUUUUUUUUUAAAUACGUGGUGCAUAUUUUGUUUGACGAGGUUGAAAUAUGGUGUUUAAAAAAAAAUGGAUGGAAAUAAACACACCAGCUCUGACAAACACUACUGUAAAAUGGGAAGGAGGGAACACAGUGUAACAGCUUUACUUUUUAACGUUAACGUGUUUUAAUUUAACGAGAUGAUUUCAGGUCUGAGUAAUCAAGAAAGGUGACGUUUGCUUCCAAAAAACAAACAAACAAACAAAAAAAAAAGUCUAGAUGAAAUGAUGCAGUGAUCGGUCUGGUUUAUUGUAGAUAUCUUGGAAAUGUUUUUAAUGGUGAAAUAAAAAAGUAUUUUAUGUUUUAAUAUACAUUUGGUGAUGCACAUUAUGACCUUAGUUAACUGCUGGAGUCAAAAUUUAUUUGAUUUAAAGGUCCAGUGUGUAAGAUUUAAAGGGAUCUAUUGGCAGAAAUAUUCAUAACUAUGUUUUCGGUUGUGUAUAUUAACCUGAAAAUAAGAAUUAUGUUUUUGUUACCUAUCUCGAUUGGACUUUUUCUGGACGUUGUAGUUUAUCUG